AUCCUCAGCAGAAAGAGAAAAAAUACAUGCAGUGAGUUUGGGGAAAAUGUAUGUGAUUACUCCAUCCUUAUAAAGCAUCACAGAAUCCACACAGGGGAGAGGCCCUAUGAAUGCAGUGAGUGUGGAAAAUGCUUCACUGACAGCUCAUCCCUUUCUCGACAUCAGAGAAUCCACACAAGGGAGAGGCCCUAUGAAUGCAGUGAGUGUGGGAAAACCUUCAGUCGCAGUUCACACCUUAUUACGCAUCAGAGAAUCCACACAGGGCAGAGGCCCUAUGAAUGCAGUGAGUGUGGUAAAUGCUUCACUAGCAGCUCAGGCCUUUAUCAACAUCAGAGAAUCCACACAGGGGAGAGGCCCUAUGCAUGCAGUGAGUGUGGAAAAUGCUUCACUGACAGCUCAGCCCUUUCUCAACAUCAGAGAAUCCACACAGGGGAGAGGCCUUAUGAAUGCAGUGAGUGUGGGAAAAACUUCAGUAGCAGCUCAAACCUUCUUGCCCAUCAGAGAAUCCACACAGGGGAGAGGCCCUAUGAAUGCAGUGAGUGUGGAAAAUCCUUCACUGACAGCUCAUCCCUUUCUCAACAUCAGAGAAUCCACACAGGGGAGAGGCCUUAUGAAUGCAGUGAGUGUGGUAAAUGCUUCACUAGCAGCUCAGGCCUUUAUCAACAUCAGAGAAUCCACACAGGGGAGAGGCCCUAUGAAUGCAGUGAGUGUGGAAAAUGCUUCACUAACAGCUCAGCCCUUUCUCAACAUCAGAGAAUCCACACAGGGGAGAGGCCCUAUGAAUGCAGUGAGUGUGGGAAAACCUUUAUUACCAGCUCACACCUUAUUAGGCAUCACAGAAUCCACACGGGGAAGAGGUCCUAUGAAUGCAGUGAGUGCGGGAAAACCUUCAGUCGCUGUUCACACCUUAUUAGGCAUCAGAGAAUCCACACAGGGAAGAGGCCCUAUGAAUGCAGUGAGUGUGGGAAAACCUUCAAUCGCAGCUCAAACCUUCUUACCCAUCAGAGAAUCCACACAGGGGAGAGGCCCUAUGAAUGCAGUGAGUGUGGAAAAUGCUUCACUCACAGAUCAUACCUUAUUAGGCAUCAGAGAAUCCACACAGGGGAGAGGCCCUAUGAAUGCAGUGAGUGUGGAAAAUGCUUCACUCACAGAUCAUACCUUAUUAGGCAUCAGAGAAUCCACACAUGGGAGAGGCCCUAUGAAUGCAGUGAGUGUGGAAAAUGCUUCACUGACAGUUCAGCCCUUUCUCAACAUCAGAGAAUCCACACAGGGGAGAGGCCCUAUGAAUGCAGUGAAUGUGGGGGAAAAUUCAGUCACAGCUCAGACCUUAUUACACAUCAGAGAAUCCACACAGGGGAGAGGCCCUAUGAAUGCAGUGAGUGUGGAAAAUGCUUCACUAACAGCUCAGCCCUUUCUCAACAUCAGAGAAUCCACACAGGGGAGAGGCCCUAUGAAUGCAGUGAGUGUGGGAAAAGCUUUAUUACCAGCUCACACCUUAUUAGGCAUCAGAGAAUCCACACAGGGAAGAGGCCCUAUGAAUGCAGUGAGUGCGGGAAA